AUGGCAGCUCAGCAGGGAAAGCAGCUGUCUGGCAGCUGCCAGUCCAUGCUGGUGUGUGCCAGUAGACAGGCAGUUUUCCAUCACUGGGACCACUUCCUGAUGAACUGCCCCUUCUCUGCCACUAUCAGGAUCUCCGAGAAUAUGGGUGUGUUGGUGUCUGAGAGGCACAGCCUCACCACUGCCUAUUGCAUUUGCCAUAGCAAAGACUACAUGAAGGCCAAGAAGAUCCAAGUGGGUUUCCUGAUGUUGGCACAGGAUGCUGGCAACAGGAUAGGGAGGCUGGUGAUGCACUGGACUCAGGUGCAGCACAUGGAGGUGCCCAUGAGCUGGAUCCAGGGCCUGCCCUUGGUCAGCAUGGACUAUGACUACACCCUUUUGAAGCUGCACAGGCCAUACUGGUGCCUGCACAUGAGGGCAGCUCCAACAGCAGAGGAGAUGGCUGGGAAGAGGAUUAAUUUCUCAGGGUUUGACAGUGACCAGCUGGGCAAACUGGUCUACCUCUUGUAUGGGAUGGAGGAUGAGAUGGUCCACCUCAUCCACCAAAACAGUCCUGGUGCAUCUGGCUCUGCAGUGUGUGGCAAAUUGUGGGAUCCUAUAUAACACAAAUGGGAGAGGAAGUUCAUCAUAAAGCUCACCUUAUUUUUCCCUACCUAA